AUGAAUAACUCAAUUAAAUUGAAACCAGAGAGAAGUUCAUUAGAAGUGACAUCAGAAUACGUCAUAUGUGCUCUACAUGUUGCAAUAUUCCCAUUUUAUGCAUAUCUGUAUUUCAAAAAUCGGAAAAGAGAUAGAGAUCUCUACCUAGUUCCAGCCUACUUUUACUACUUUAGAAGAGAAACAGAUGAAUGGGAUUAUCUGGGUCAGCUCACUCGGUUGGAUAUUGUAGUGAUCCCAAUUAUCAGUCAAAUGACAUAUAUUGGAUGUAACAGACAAAACUUGGAAUUUUUGUAUCGAAUUGGGAAGAAAUGUCUGAUGAAAUUGUUUUGUAAGGGAUCAAGUGUACAGAUUCAACCAUAUGUCAUAAAUAAUGAUGGAGGAAUGGAGACGACACAACAGCCACCGCCACUUAACUAA